UUGAAUAGUUUGCAGUCGACAUCAAUGUCCUGUGUACACAUUUUUUUUUCAAUAAAUUAAAAAUUAAAUUUAUUGAAUGACAAGUUAUUUGUUGUGUUAAUUAUUCGUUGUAGAAUUAAUCUACCUACUUUUCUCAAUUUGUGUAAUUGUUCACAACUGAAAAAAUGCAUUUAUAUUAUUUAUUUACGAGACAAUUAUGUCUAUAAGUGAGGUUAUGUUCUGACAUCCUUUAAUAUAUAUUUACAUUGUUUUUCUUGAGUACAAUGUUUUUUAUUUUAUUUCGAAGACGGCAUAUUCAAAUUAAAAGUCAUCACAUUUAUAAUAAACCGAAAUUUAAAUAUAUUUAUUUUGAUAGAAAAUUUUUGCAUAAUACAAUAAUUGACGAUGUACCUACAAUUGCAUUAACUGAAAUGAAAAAAAGUCUCAAAUCAUGUAAUAUUUCAUUUUUUGAAGGACAUACGUGUUUACUUGCCGAUUGUCCUUUAUGUGAUAAUAAAUCAAAAUUAUAUAUCAAUAAAACAACAGGUUUGUUUAUAUGUGAAAAUUGUGAGCAUACAGGUUCUUGGAAUAUUUUAGAAAAAUUUAUAGUACAGAAAAAAUCGAGCAGGGCAAUUAAGGCUUUAUCAGAAAUUCGUAAAUUAAUACAAAAAGAAGAGGAUUAUUUUAAUCAAUGGAAUGAUUUAAAAAAUAAUUCUGAAAAUGUUGCUGAUAUUACCAUUAAUGAAUACGAGAAAUUACGAAAAACAUUUUCCUUUCCUAAUAUACCACAAGAGACAAUGUCACAUUUAAAUUGUUUGUACAAUGAAAAAUUGCAAAUAUGUUAUUUUCCAUUAAUGGCAUUUAAUACACGAAUUGUUGGUUAUAGAUCAUUGUCUAUUAAAAAUGAAUUUAUCAAAACUGAACCAUCGACAAAUACACGAGGUGUAAUAAUUCAUACACAAAAAAGUACAAAAUUAGAUGAUAGUGCUGUUAUUGUACCGACAAUAAAUGAUUUUCUUAUACUUAUUGCUGAAAAAUCAGCGCCAGUUAUAAUAUGUUUACCAUAUGAUUUACAAAAUUUACCACAAGAAAUUCUUCCGAGUUUAGAGAAAUAUGAUAAAUUAAUAUUAUGGUUUGGUAAUAAUGCAACAAAUUGGGAUGUAUCGAGAAAUUUUGCUAAAAAACUCAAUGAGAAACGAUGCUUUAUUGUGAGACCAAUUGAUCAACAACGAACGCCAAAGGAGGCAUUGAAAAAGAAAUUAAAUUUAAAGGAAAUAAUUCAAAAAGCCCAACCAAUAUGGCAUAAAAGUAUCACAACAUUUAGUACAAUACGUCAAGAUGUUUUGAGUGAUUUACAAAAUAUUGAUAAAGUUCAAGGUGUUAAAUGGAAACGAUAUCCAACAUUGAAUAGAAUUUUAAAGGGACAUAGGAAAGGUGAAUUUACAAUAUUGACAGGACCAACAGGUUGUGGUAAAACGACAUUUAUCAGUGAAUAUUCUCUUGAUUUGGCUCAACAAGGUGUUAAUACACUUUGGGGGAGUUUUGAAAUAAGAAAUGCGAGAUUAGCACGUACAAUGCUUCAACAAAUGGUCGGUGUACCUCUCGAUGAGAAUUUACAAAAUUUUAAUAAUUACGCUGACACUUUUGAAAAACUUCCCAUUUAUUUUAUGACUUUUCACGGACAACAGAAUAUCAAAAUUGUCAUGGAGGCAGUUGAACACGCUACUUACGUUCAUGAUAUUUCUCACGUUAUUAUUGAUAAUGUACAAUUCAUGAUGGGAGUUUCUGACGAAUCAAAACACAUGGAUAGAUUUUGGCGACAGGAUAAAAUAAUAAGUACAUUUCGAACUUUUGCAACAAAGCAUAAUUGUCAUGUUACAUUGGUAAUUCAUCCGCGAAAAGAAAGAAAUGAUGAGGAAUUAUCGGUGUCAUCGAUAUUUGGUAGUGCAAAAGCUAGUCAAGAAGCUGAUAAUGUAUUAAUAAUUCAAGAUAAAAGAUUAACGAGUCUACGUGGAAAAAAGUACUUACAAGUUGUAAAAAAUAGAUACAGUGGUGAUUUAGGAAUAAUGCUUCUCGAAUUCGAUAAAUCGAGUUUAAGUUAUUCUUCAAAGAAGAAAUUAAAAUCAACCACUGAUCAAAAAGAUACUUCCAAAGAAGAUAUUGAAUCAUCAAUAGCUACUGAAUCAAUGUGAUAUAUUUUUUUG